AUGGCAGCGUAUGUGAGGAGCGUGAUAUGUCUUGUCUCCAGAGAACAACGUGCUUUUCUAACGAGGGGAAACGAUGUUGUUGUGGCAUCAAAACGGUAUGUGCGCGGACUGAGGAGGAAACCUGUCAGAGUGCUGUUUCCCGACGACGAGGCGGGUACAGUGGUGAAGACUGGGCCACAGUCUCUGACGGCAAAGCAACAUGUCAAGAGGGAGAAGAAGGAGGCAGGGGUCACAUCGUCUGCAGCAGAGCAUCUUGAAGAAAGUGGCUCUGUCAAGGCGAGGAGUAAUGUGCAGUCGGCUGAAAAACAUGCCCACCUCUCUGCUACUAAGGAUCGAGUUGAUGGACUGCGCUUUGAGAGGGCUUUUCCUGGAGAUAAGAGACUGGCGAGGUUAGUGAGCGUUGCUCGUUCUAGGACAUUUCGAGAGCACCAGGGUAAAAUCCUCCUGGAGGGCAAGCGUUUGAUCUGUGAUGCCCUGAAUGCUGGUGCCAACCCACAGAUGGUGUUCUUCAGUACAGUGGAUCGGCUCCGAGAGCUACCCCUCGACAAGCUGAAAAGGGCCACGCUAGUCAAAGUCAAGUUUGAGGACAUCAAGAUCUGGUCUGACCUUGUGGCUCCACAGGGAGUGAUCGCCAUAUUUUCUCGUCCGGACCCGUCACGGUUAAACUUUACAAAUACAGAUCAUUCAGUGCCACUGUCCCUGAUAUGCGACAACAUCCGAGACCCAGGCAACCUUGGGACUAUGCUGCGAUGUGCAGCUGCUGCUGGAUGCCAUAACGUCCUGCUCACCAAGGGCUGUGUUGAUGCUUGGGAGCCGAAAGUUCUGCGUGCAGCAAUGGGCGCCCAUUUCCGCCUUCCCAUCUAUCCCAGCCUGGACUGGGAUAAAAUCCAGAAUCAUCUCCCUAAACCUGUGACUGUCCACGUGGCUGACAGCAGCUGUGGCCCUGACAGAAGUAGAGAAACAGAAGAUUUGCAAGUUAAUAUAUCCCACAAACCUUCCAAAGCAGGAGACUACGGCUGGGUCAGCACAAGGCGUAGUCACAGUAACGUGCGCUACGAGGACUAUGAUGCUGACUCUGACUCUGACUCUGAGGAUGAGGGACUUUCACUCCCCAUAGUGGACACCAAGCUAUACUAUGAGAGCUGGGCUCAGAGUCCCACUGCUCUUGUGAUAGGUGGUGAGACACACGGUCUCAGUCUAGAAUCAGUCCAGUUGGCUGAGAAAACCGCUGGUCACAGGCUCUUUAUUCCUGUCGUUCCUGAUGUGGACAGCUUGAAUUCAGCCAUGGCAGCCAGUAUCCUUUUGUUUGAGGGCAGGAGGCAGCUGUUAAAAUUGAUGCAAACAUCUGGAAGGAAAUGGAAAUCUAAAGUUGAGGGGCAGUUUUCAUGAUGUUCCCUCUAAACAUCAGUGUGACACCCUCUUUCUCUUGUAAUAAAACAAUUUAAA